AUGGACGAGAAAGAUACCAAGGUGGUUGAGAUGAACGACUCGUCGUCGCCGCAACAGAUACUCCAAACCGAGAAGGCCGAUAACAUCCAGGUCGCUCCUACACCGGACUACUCCGCCCCCAAGGCCAAGACCGAACAACUCGAAGAUGCGAGAGGAUGGGAAUCCGAGAACCUGAUCCAGGAUCUUGAGAAGGAGUUGGAGCAGGCUAACUACAAGAAGGGCUUCUUGGAUAUCGAGUUCAAGAACCCCAAGCAUUUCACAUGGAUGAUUGUCGCUUUUGCAUCCAUGGGUGGCCUGCUGUCUGGCUUGGACCAGUCGCUCAUUUCUGGUGCUAACCUUACACUUCCCGAUGACCUCAACCUUACUGCUCAGCAAAACUCGCUCGUCAACUCCGGUAUGCCGCUCGGAGCCAUUGCCGGUGCCUUCCUUAUCUCGCCAUGCAACGAAUACUUUGGUCGCCGCUGGGCCAUCCUCAUCUCCUGUGUCCUCUAUACCAUCGGUGGUGCGCUCGAAGCCGGAUCUAUGAAUUACGGCAUGAUCGUCGCAGCUCGCGUUAUCCUUGGUGCCGGUGUCGGUCUCGAAGGUGGUACCGUCCCUGUCUACGUCGCCGAAACUGUCGAGAGCAGACUCCGUGGUAAUCUCGUUUCCCUUUACCAGUUCAACAUUGCUCUCGGAGAAGUUCUUGGCUACGCCGUUGCUGCCAUGUUCAUCAAAGUACCGGGUAACUGGCGCUACAUCCUGGGUUCCUCGCUCGUCUUCUCCACCAUCAUGGGUAUCGGUAUCCUCUUCAUGCCUGAAUCUCCUAGGUACCUUAUGCAUAAGGGCAGGACCCUGGACGCAUUCAAGGUCUGGAAGCGUAUUCGCGGUACUUCUACCCAUGAGGCUCGUGAGGAGUUCUUCGUCAUGAAGGUCAGCACUGAGAUGGAAGAGGCCGAAGUGGCCGCGGGACGCACCAACCGCUUCCCAUGGAUGGACUUCUUCACCAAGCCGCGUGCUCGCCGUGCCAUCAUUUACGCCAACAUCAUGAUCUUCCUGGGCCAGUUUACUGGCAUCAACGCAAUUAUGUAUUACAUGUCUGUGCUGAUGCACCAAGUCGGCUUUGACACCUACACUGCCAACUAUAUGUCUCUGGUCGGAGGUGGUUCCCUUCUCAUCGGUACCAUUCCCGCCAUUUUCCUCAUGGAAACCUGCGGUCGUCGUUUCUGGGCCAUUGCUAUGCUGCCCGGUUUCCUUGUCGGUCUGGUCCUUGUUGGUGUGUCGUACCAGAUCGACUCUUUGAGUGGUACCCUCGGUACCUAUUUCACCGGUCUUAUCCUAUACGAACUGUUCUUCGGUUCCUAUGCCGCACUGACCUGGGUCAUUCCCUCCGAGGUCUACCCAACUUACCUCCGUUCCUACGGAAUGACCACCUCCACUGGAUGGCUAUUCCUGUCCUCUUUCAUCGUCACCUACAACUUCACUGGCAUGCAAAACGCCUUCACCAAGACGGGUCUUUCACUCGGUUUCUACGGCGGUAUUGCCGUAUUAGGCUGGUUCUACCAGAUCUUCUUCAUGCCUGAGACCAAAGAUCUGACGCUUGAGGAGAUCGACCAGUUGUUCCAGCAGCCUACCCGACAGCUUGUUGCACAGAACGCAAAGAGCUCGUGGCAGGUCACAAAGGACUUGUGCCACUUCAGGUUCAAGAAGGUGUUCAUUGAUAACAACAGGAGGGGCAGACGCGAGGAGUAA